UGUUCGUUUCACCUGUACGAACGCACGUGCAUAUUUUAAACCAAAAGCGGCCAGGUAUAGUCUGAAGCUUCAAAUCCAUCUUUAUCAUAAAUCACAAAUAUUUAAAAUCUGCUCGGAGUUGCUGUCUUUUGUUAAUUGUUAUUUUUAAAAUGUCUGAGGAAACUUCACCCGAGAUGAAACCUGGUAGUGCGGAGGAGGCAGCGGCUGCAAAUGAAGAAAGUACUGUCCCAAAAGCUGCCGAGGACACUCCUGCACCAGAAAUUAACGAAGACAAAGUGGAUGGACCUGCCAAACCCACGCCAGUCAAGACCCCCUCGGAGCCUUACCCUGCACAGGUAGCCCCUCCCCUGGAACAGGCAGUGUCCUACGACAACCCAGCGGCAGACCCCAGGAAGAUGCGUCGCAUCAUAGCCGAGGACCCUGAAUGGACGCUAGCCACAGUACCUUUACUCUCUGAGCUGACCAUGAGUAAUAUUAUAACCAACUUCCCCCAGAAUCCUAUUCUCAAAGAUGUCGCAAAAAAGACUCCGCCGCUGCCUGGAAAAUAUCAAAAUCAGAUUCUCGGAAAACUUUCAACCGAAGUGCCAAUCGAAAUCACGGCCAAUUUAAUUGACGCGGAGGAAUACUGGAAACGGUGUUGCGCUUCCAAGUGGCCAGUGUGUGAUAUUUCCAAAUAUGGAAAUAGUUACAAGAGACUCUACUUUGAACGGCAGCUGCAGGAGAUGAUUGAGUCGUUCAUUCCGGGAACUACGGACUUGUCUGUGCUGAGGAACUAUCUCAACUUAGUCGGAAAGUUCAUAGUCAGAGUUGACAUCCGACAGUUGUUGCCGCCGAUCCGUGAACCGAACCGAGACGACGGGGAUGUCUCAGAUACUGGGAGUGACGCCGGUGACGUCAUUGAGAACGACAGUCACUUCGACUUCAACGAUAUUCUCGCUCUCUUACCAAAUAUGGAAGAGUUUUCAGUCGUGUAUGGCGUAGACGGAUGUCUGUUGAACUUCGAAUGGAACUUGUUUUUGUUCACGACUACCGACUGUUUAAACUUGUCCAAGUUUGUUCAGAAGUGCACACAGUUGAAGAGACUAUCUGUACAGCGAAGCAAAAUCGACGACGAUAAGGUUCGAGUGAUGAUAAAACACACGUUGAACCAUCCGAAUCUGGAAGAGCUUGACCUGUCAUUCAACAAGAUAGGGGAUAAAGGAGCAAGAGCAGUAGGCAAACUGAUCAACCAGAGCAAGAUCACCAGUCUGAAUCUUCUGGACAACCAGAUCGGACACCAGGGCCUGGCGGCCAUUGCACAUGCGCUCAAGAAGCCAACAGCACUGAAACACCUCAAUCUACGACUCAACAGGCUAGGAGACGAGGGUGCGCAGUGUCUGUGUAUUGCACUGCUGGAAAAUUCCACAGUAGAGACUCUGAAUAUAGCAGCCAAUGACAUCACAGAACAGACCUCGCAGUUUAUUGCUCAACUGAUUGUCACCAACAACACCCUCUGUGAAAUGGAUUUGUCCUGUAAUCAACUAGGUACUGAUGGUGGGAAACAGCUUCAAGAAGCGAUGGAAUCCAACUCUCAAAUAACCAAACUGGACUUGAAACUGGCAAAGUGCGGACAAGAAAGCGAGUACUGUAUCAACAAAAUGCUGGACCGGAACCUACAAGAGAAAAUGAAAUCGGGAGAAGAUCGGUUUCUGUCUUACUACAAGCCACCCAAGACAACUCCUCCUACUGGAAUCGGAUCCAAACCCAGAACUCAAGCCAGCCGACGCCAGACCUCGAGGGCAGCUGUCAAAGCAAAUUGAUAAAUCACAACUGAAAGAAUAAUAUAUAUUGCCCGAUUAUACUUAUAUUUUAAUUUGCGUAAGGUUCGAUAAGUAACCGAAUUAAA